AUGGAAGGGGUUUGGAUCGGAUUGACCGACACCAUGCUGGAGUUCUUCAAUUAUCCGGCGGUCACUGAAGCAUUCGUCGACAUAUUGGUCUGCGCGGUCCCGAUUUGGGUCGCCGUGAUGAUCGGCCUCCUCAUCGGGUGGUCCUGGCGCCCCAGAUGGGCGGGUCUUGUUUUUCUCGGGUUCCGAUCCAAGCUCCGUUACGUUUGGACCCUCCCGCCGGGGCUCGGCGCCCGGAGGUUCUGGCUCGCGUUUACCGCGCUCUCGGCCUUUUCGCUCUGUCGUGGGAUUUGGUUCCGCUCGCGCGGAUUGAGCCGCAAGCUGGGGAAGUCGUCGGCUCGGGAGCUGGCGGAUUCGGCUCAGGAGCUGGCAGGCGAUGCACGGGAGGCGGCUGCGGUUGGUGAUAGUGGUAUCAGCUUGACAAAAUCAAUAAGUAUGGAGACCAUCACUGGAGAUUCAGAUGCGGAAUUGAAUAGUGUCACAGACAAAGACUUGGAACACCUGUUGCAUCUUCUCGAUGGGAAAGAAGGGGAACUGGCAUGGCAAAGCAUGAUGGAACGCUCAACAUCGAACAUGAUGUACCAAGCCUGGCGUCAUGAGCCCGAGGUGGGUCCCACAGUGUAUCGCAGCAAGACAAUAUUUGAGGACGCAACUCCUGAGAUGGUCAGAGAUUUUUUCUGGGAUGACGAGUUUCGGCCCAAGUGGGAUCCUAUGCUUGUCUAUGUCAAGAUACUCGAAGAAUGCCCCGAAACAGGGAUGAUGAUUGUCCAUUGGAUUAAGAAGUUCCCUUUCUUCUGUAGCGAUCGAGAAUACAUCAUCGGUAGGAGAAUAUGGGAAGGAGUGAGAACUUAUUAUUGCGUUACAAAGGGAGUGCCAUAUCCAUCUCUGCCAAGGCGCGACAAACCCAGGCGUGUCGAUCUCUAUUUCUCAAGCUGGGUCAUCAAACCUGCACAAUCGCGCAGAGGGGACAGUCAAUCAUCCUCCGCGUGUGAGGUCACCCUCAUUCAUUACGAGGACAUGGGCAUCCCAAAAGAUGUCGCCAAAUUGGGUGUCCGUCACGGCAUGUGGGGCACCGUCAAGAAACUGCACGCCGGAUUCCGAGCCUACCAAAACUCCCAGAAAUCGGAGACCUCUCUUUCCCGGUGUGCCCUCAACGCUCGAGUCACGACCAGAGUCUCAUUCGACCAAGAGUCUGAUGACGGUGGGGACGGCGCGAUUUCGGGCCGAGAAGGAGGCGAGUUGGAGGCGGCUGAUGGGAAAAAUAAAGUUGGCGACGGUGGCAGUGUUGGGAUCGAUUGGAAGUGGGUGGCGGUUGGUGGGGCCAUUGCCGUUGUCUGUGGGCUCCACACGGGGCUCAUUGGGAAGGCGGUGGUGGUUGGAGUUGGGCACAGGAUUGCGAGGAGAAGGGGGAUUACUCGUUCUAGGUGA